CCAAAUAUUUCACAAACUAGCAAUCGUUGGCUAGCCAGCUAAGAGUUGAACUAACACACCGACAAAAAGGAAAAAAAAUACAUUUCCUUACACUUGAACUGCUUACGUUUAUGUCAAGGAUUUAGGUUUCCGUGUUAACAGGAUGUCAACUCCAGCAAGACGACGUUUAAUGAGAGAUUUUAAACGGCUGCAAGAGGAUCCUCCAGCUGGGGUUAGUGGGGCCCCGUCAGAAAACAAUAUCAUGGUAUGGAACGCUGUCAUUUUUGGACCGGAGGGAACACCUUUUGAAGAUGGAACCUUCAAGCUUACCAUCGAAUUCACAGAGGAAUAUCCAAAUAAACCUCCAACAGUGCGAUUUGUCUCCAAAAUGUUUCAUCCAAAUGUGUAUGCAGAUGGCAGCAUAUGCUUAGAUAUACUUCAGAAUCGUUGGAGUCCAACCUAUGAUGUCUCCUCAAUCUUAACUUCAAUACAGUCUUUACUGGAUGAGCCAAACCCAAACAGUCCAGCCAACAGCCAAGCAGCCCAGCUGUACCAGGAAAACAAGCGGGAGUACGAGAAGAGGGUUUCUGCUAUUGUUGAACAGAGUUGGCGUGACUGUUGACCCCAGUUAUUGUUCGAGUAUGAACAGUGUCCAGCCCCGAAUCAAGAAACCACCGAUCAAGCAAACAACUGAUCUCACAGAAAUAAAAUGACACAUCUUAAAAUCCUUCUCAGUAUAUUUGUUCCAUAACUGUUGCUAGGUUUGUAUGCUGUUGUGUUGUGGCAUUCACUCCUGCCGAAUGCUAUUGUUGGGCAAUAGCGUAUGUUUGUUAAAAGUUAAUGUACCUUGUUAUAUCUGGGUUACUUGCUACGUGCCCCAACUCUUUUUCUUUUUUUAAAAAAAAGGCAAUAGCCAGUCUCUCAGUUGUCACUUUUCUACCUGUUUAUUUAUUAACUGGUUGGAUGAUGGUGACAGUUUAUUAGAUGUGCUUGCUGUGUGGUUUGCUGUGUAGAUACCAAAAGUUCAUAUCCACAACAAAAAAACAAACCUGUGUAUGGGUGUAUCUCCUUGUUUUAGUGGCCUCACUUCCUUUUGGGUUUCUUUCUUUCUGCCUUUUGAAAGCCUUUCAGAGGGAUAGAAAAUUAACCUUGGCAUGGACAUCCAUCCCUCUAACAGAUGCCUUUGGGGGUCAUUUUUCUCUCAAAUGUACUUACAAAGCCAUGCCUUUUGAUUUUAAAAAUGUUCUAGAUAUUGGUGAAUAUAUAUAUAUGUCCCUCGUCAACACAGAAACAAGACAUUUAGUACCCUUUUCGGGCACUUCACUUUGCUUCAUACAGAGUUUCAUAAUGCUGACAUUCAAAGGCUGUGUGAGAACAUUUCUAUGCUAUUUUACAAUCUUACAAAUCAGCUAUUAUAAUAGGCUGAUUACACGGUUUGAACAGGAUGGUGUCUGUUUUCAGAUUAUAAACCUUUGCACUGGUAACCCAUGUAACAAACUGUACAUUUUCUUGUAAAUAAAAUAAAUAUACAUCA